UUCUUUCCCAGGUCUCAGAAAUGCAAAUACUCAAAACCAUCGGUCACCAUCCAAACAUCCUUCGACUUAUUGGGUGUUGUACAGGUUUAGGCCCUCUACUGGUAAUUCUAGAACUUUGCGAACAUGGAAAUUUGAGGGAUUUUAUGCGAAGACACAGACCUAAAGAACAACAAAAAUUAAAAGAGGAGGAGGAAGAGAAGGAAGAAAAAGUGGAGGAAGAAGUGGUGGAAUUGGAGGAUGAUGGACUUGGGGUUGGGGGAAUGUAUCAGAACGUCUCAAUAGUAGACACCACAGGGGGUGACCACCAAUCAACACAUUUACAACAACCAGAAAAGCAACUAACAUUAAAAGAUUUGGUUCAGUUUGCAACUGAAAUAGCUAGAGGAAUGGAAUUUUUGGCGAGUAAAAAAAUAAUACAUAGAGAUUUGGCUGCCAGAAAUGUUUUGGUUGCUAGUGAUUUGACAAUGAAAAUAUCAGAUUUUGGAUUGUCUAGAAAUGUGUUUUAUCACGAUUAUUAUAGAAAGAGGGGGGCUGGCAGAUUGCCUAUGUAA